AUGAUACCCCCCUGCGACCCCUCCAUUCUCGAGCACAAUCCCCAGUUCAGACGACUAUAUGAGAACCUUACAACAACUCUUCUGAACACGGAUGGCUCAACCCGCUCCGACGCCGCGGAGCCGGCACGCAAGGCCGCUGUGGAGGACCUGAAACAAUGCCAGCUCCGAAGUGUGAAGCGAAGGAUCAAGGAGCGUACGCUAAGGCAUUUAGCCUUUGCAUCAGACAGCGUGCUCUCCGACGAGUGCCGUGAUAACAUUACACUCAUCUCGAUAUACCUCGAGACUCCAUGCACCUUAAUCGACCCAAACACACCACAAGACGCCCCUUCGCAAUCCCAAACCAAAAUCCAAGACGACACACUCUCCCUCCUAGCCCCCUCAAUCUCAACAUUCUACACAAACAUACCCACCUUUAUCGUCCACUUCUCCAGCCACCUCUCCAAUACUCUAAGCGCCCUCCGCGCCCUCUCCGCAACCUCCGACGCAAACACAGACACUGCACCCAAACAUCACGCCGCUCAACCCCGCGCAGACCACCAGUCCCGCGCGCGCGCCCGAGACCGCCGCGUCCGCACCUCGAUGGCGCCCGUACCGCCACUUGCGUCACAGCUGCGUGCUCGGGUCGACGCACUACGCGCCACCCAGCUGUCGUCGCUACCCGCCGCGCGCCGAGAAAUGGCCGCUGUGGCGGCGGAGGUGAUGAGCGUACGGGCGACCAUUAUUGAGCGGAUGGUUGUUAUCUUGGAGCGGGCGAAGCACGGGGUGCUUGCGAGGGCGACUCGGGCGCGGGCGGAGCAUUUGGCGACAGUGGCGCAGGGGAUUGAGGGAAAAGUUGAAGUUGCCAAGCUCGAGAUCGCGGCGACGCUGUAUACGCCUGAGACGCUUGCGGCGCUCAGCCGGUACCGGGAGCAUCUGCGGGAUACACGGGUCCGGCUUGACGAGCAGAAGGCGUUGGCGAUUGAGGAGUUGGAACAGUAUGGUGAUGCAGAAGUCUCUGGAACGGCGGUGGUAGGGACAGACCGAGUGAGCGAUAAGGAUGGAGGGACGCUGGCUGAGAUUGCCCGCCAGUAUGGGAGGUUGGUGCGGGACGUCGAGGCUGUGCGAAUGGAAAUUGCGAGGCUGGGGGAGUAG